AUGGCCGAGCGAGGAUCAGGUUUGGUAGUAGUGGCAGAAACCCAUAGGAUUCCAGAUCAUUCAAGCUGGAUCGGAGACACACUGGGCUCCGUCGCGCUGGUCAGGACGAAGAUCAACGCCUCUAUCUUCCGAGAGGUCGAAAGAGGGGGUGGCUAUGUGGUGGCACGAUGGAGCGCCCCUCUGAACGCGACAUUGUCGUCGCUCCAGACACUGUUGAAGAGCCUGCGUGACUGUGUCGCGCGGCGUCUACCGCAGCAGAUAUUGGUCUUAGGAGACUUCAACGCAAAUUCCACGAUUUGGGGCUCCACUCAGAACAAUUCAAGAGGAGACUCAGUGAACUGGAUAGCAGGGCUCCUACUGAACACAGGCAGAGUGAGUACCUGCGUCCGCUGGCAUGGCAGAGGGAAUCAAUACUCGAUCGUGGGUUUCCCACACAGCAGUGCCCUGAGAAGCGGAGUGGAGAGAGGCGGUGGAGAUCGUCAUCGAACCGUCACCUUCUAA